AUGUGUGGCAAAAAAUCACAACCCGAUUUCCGCUCUGCGCCUGUACAUGGCUGUAUGCCGCAAAAUCGCUUUACCGGAAGACAGGGCGUCGACGAUUAUAGGACAAACCAAGGAGGCUCGCUUGCAAAAAUACCAGCCCAUGUUUACAAUGGUGGCAGUGGACAUGUUCCACAUGCAUCCCGGGACAAUUUACAGCCGCUUGCUACGGCUACGCAAAAUUCGUUUGUAACAGCAAAACAGCAGCUUCCGCCAGAGGGAGCACAUGCUUCCUCGCUGCCGAAAAGGAAUCCAGGUCACCGAUUGGGCAUCAAUCGUUCGAUUUCCUCUGCAUCUUCGUCUUCAUCCUCAUCUUGUGCGCCAUACACCUCUUCGUCCGCGUCCGGUACAUCUUCUAAUUUAGAGGACGAGUCAUAUUCCGCCAACUUGUCGCUUUAUCAACUGAACCAUAACCCAUUGGGCCCCAACUCGAAGCAAAAUACUGUAAACAAUCAGGACGUGGCCGCUUUAUCUGAUGAUCGCCUGAAAAACAUCGAGCCUAAAAUGGUGCAGUUUAUCAUGAAUGAGCCGGUGACAUGGGACGAUAUUGCCGGCUUGGAGCAUGCUAAGAAAACCAUCAAGGAAAUUGUGGUAGACAUAUUUACAGGGCUACGGGGCCCUCCAAAAGGCAUCCUUCUGUUUGGACCGCCGGGCACCGGGAAAACACUUAUUGGAAAGUGCAUUGCCUCGCAAUCGGGAGCGACGUUUUUCAACAUCAGUGCCUCUUCACUCACUUCAAAGUGGAUUGGCGAGGGCGAAAAAAUGGUGCGUGCUCUUUUUGCUGUUGCACGCUGCCGCUCUCCCUCUGUAAUAUUUGUAGAUGAGAUAGACUCCCUGCUUACAGCUCGCACAGAAGGCGAAAUGGAAGCCACUAGACGUUUGAAAACAGAGUUCCUAAUUCAACUUGAUGGAGCCGGAACAGACGAUGCUCGUCUGCUGCUUAUCGGUGCCACAAACAGACCCCAGGAGCUUGAUGAGGCGGCACGGCGCCGCCUUGUCAAACGGCUCUACAUCCCGCUACCGGACGCUGCAGCGAGAGCAGAUAUUGUAAGAAGGCUUUGUGCAUCAAAUAAAAUGGCCUCGCUCGUUUCGGACGACUAUGUUACCGUUGGCGAGUGGACAGCAGGUACACAAAUUUUUCCCAAUAGUUUUGUAGGAUAUUCGGGCUCUGAUAUGCACAGUCUCUGCCGAGAGGCUUCCCUUGGCCCCAUUCGGUCAAUACCCGAUAUCACAUCAAUACAGGCCGACCAAGUAGCAUGCCUCAAUAACAAAUAG